UUCAUUUCUCUUUUCAACAAGAUGACCCCACCAUCUCUGCCCAUGUCUAUGCCUGCCUUCUGCCUCUCUUCUUGGAUGAAAGAGCAUCACCUACAUCUCAACCUCUCCAAGACAGAACUCCUGGUUAUACCAGCCCACCCAUCAAUUGAACACCACCUUACCAUUCAGCUCGGAUCCUCAACUAUAACACCCACCAAGUCUGCAAGGAACCUGGGGGUGAUGCUCAACGACCAGCUAAAAUUCACGUUCCACAUCGCAGCAACCACUCGAACUUGCAGGUAUGUGCUCUACAACAUCAGGAAAAUCAGGCCGUUCCUGUUGGAGCAUGCCUCUCAGCUGCUAGUCCAAGCUCUGGUCAUAUCAAGACUGGACUACUGCAAUUCUCUACUGGCUGGCCUUCCAACCAAUGCAGUCAAGCCCUUGCAAAUGAUCCAGAAGGCAGCUGCACAUCUAGUUUUCAAUCAGCCUAAAAGAACCCAUGUAACACCCCUCCUGAUUUCACUUCACUGGCUUCCAGUUGCCGCCCGCAUCAAGUUUAAAUCUCUGACACUGGUCUUCAGAACAAUAACGGCAAAUUCGCCCGUUUACCCUAACUCACUGUUCCAGGUCUACAUCCCCUCCCGUCAUCUUCGGUCUGAAAAUGAGUGACGCCUAGUUUUUUCAUCACAGCGAGGCACCAAAUCGCUUGCAAAAACCUUUACUCAUUCGGUUACCCUGUGAUGGAAUGAAAUGCCAGCCUCCACCCGAACUGCAGCAUCCUUCACAACUUUCAAAAAACAGCUCAAAAUUUACCUGUUCCGCAUUUAUUGUACUAACCAAUAACUGUCUGACCA